AUGGCYAUAUCUGUAUACAGUUUGGGACAGUCAUCAUCAUCAUCAUCAUCACCGAUACGGGUAUCAAUAACUAAUGGUACAGUUGAAGGACAGUCAUAUUUGGUCAACAAUAACAAGACUGUCCAUAAAUUUAUUGGCAUACCAUUUGCAAAGCCACCUACCGGUGCCAACCGUUUUCAGAAACCUGUUCCCUAUGACCGCAAAUUUGCCGGUAUUUAUGCGGCCGACAAAAUCAAACCUCAAUGCAUGUCACCGAUGAACACGUCGGUAAUGUCCGAGGACUGUCUCUAUCUGAACAUAUGGACAGCGGCGGCCAAUUUGAAUACCAGUGCUACUAAUACCGGGACCACUACUGGCCAACCACCACUGCUGCCGGUAAUGUUGUGGUUAUACGGCGGCUCAUUCAUCAUGGGUUCGGCCACUAAACAAGUGGACGGCUUGAAUAUUUUCGAUGGCACACAACUGGCGCUCAGGGAUGUAGUUGUGGUAACUGCUAACUAUAGGUUAGGUGUGUUUGGGUUUCUCUACAACAACGAUGAUAAUGCUGAUGAUGGUGAUGAAGCACCCGGUAAUAUGGGACUAUGGGAUCAGGUACUGGCCAUGCAGUGGAUACAGUCGGAGAUCAGGGCGUUUGGCGGCAAUCCCGASUCGGUWACCAUUUUCGGUGUCAGUGCCGGCAGUAUGUCUAUCAGCGCACACAUUGUGUCUCCUGUUUCGCGUCAAUUGUUUASMAACGCAAUCAUGGAAUCGGGUUCGCUAUAUAUACCACCGUUGAUGACCACUAAGGAACAGUAUUCAACAUUUAUGAAACAGUUUGCCACAAACGGGUCGUACUUUGCGGGCAAUACUGUCUGCGCCGACGACAGCCAUUGGGUUCGGUGUCUGAAAGGACUGUCGGCUGAAAUGUUGAACAGUGCUCAGGGAUCGCUAUUUUUAGGUACAUUUCGGCAAACAACUGGCGUACCGUUUAGGCCGAUAUUCGGCGACCAAUUGUUACCGAAAGAUUUCGGUCGUGCACUCAAAGAUCGGGACUUUAAACAAGAUGUCCGACUACUGGUCGGCCAUUCGGCGAUGGAAGGCGUGUCGUUUGCCAACGAUUUUGACCAAAUUGUCGGUUUGGACGGUCGYUACAAUCCGCGACUGAUGCCCGACAAAGUGACCAGCGAUCAGAUUGGCAAAGAUAUCGAACAGUUUAUGAGUGGCAACCAAUUAAAACUACGGAAACAAAUAGCCAGUGACUAUACUGACAGCUAUCGGUCAGUUGAUAGCGACCAGACCCGUGAACUAAUACGUGCGGCCGCCCAUUCGUUCGGUGAUUUUGCUAUCACUUGUCCGACUAUUAUAUAUGCCGCCGAACUGGCCAAACAAWUGGUAGCCAAURGUAGUACGGUUCAGGAUAAACAUGUAUAUCAGUAUCGAUUGACUUAUGCCAACUCCCGGAGCAUAUCGUACGACAGCUAUUGGGCAGAAGCCGARCACACGGAUGAACAGCCACUGGUUUUUGGACGUCCACUCAAUGAUGAUGUGGUGGACCAACAGUGGACUGAACUGACCGACAAUUGUGUUCAUUGUUUAUGCAAAUAUGGACCGACUUUGCCAAACAUGGUAAACCGACAAUCGGUGGCAAACAGUGGCCACAAUACAGUGUCCGGAGAGACGGCAAAAUAAAUGCCACAUAUGUUGAACUAAAUCCACGAUUAGUUGACUCGCAUGUUGUCCAUCGGGACAGAUAU